GCUCGCGACGUUCGGCAGCAGCAGCAGCAGCAGCAGCAGCAGCGGAGCGACACUGAGAUUAUCAACAGGGAUAAGUUAUCCUCCUCGAUUUCCUUUCUGACUGCUGCAGUCCCAGCAUUUUUUUUCUCUCUUUUACACACACAUAUAUAUACUCACUGACACGCUCACGCGCGCGCGCACAGAACCGGUUUAUGUGAUGGGUGUUGUUGUUGGAGCGGAGCCCGGGAGAGCUUUCGCUGGGAAAACUGGGUGAUGAUGGAGAGCGGGUCCUUUCCGCUGACCACGAAGUUCGCUUUGCUGUUUCAGACGAGGCUCGUGAGGGAUUAAAAUCAAAACAAACAACAACAAAAAAGAAGAAUAAAUUCACCUCCUGGCAGGACUGUUUGGAGUUCUCUCUCUUUUUUUUUUUUUUUUUUUUUUUUUUGUAUCCAGGCUGAUAUGAUGUGGGCUCGAGCUCCGGACCGUCGGGGACUAUCUACAUGUUGCUGCUGCGCCUGAUUCGUCUCCUCUCUUUUCCCCCUCUUCCUCCUCCAUCUCCGCUCACUUUUGGAGUUAUUUAAGCAAAACGGGUUCAACAAAAGCAAAACAUGACCUUUUCAUGUCUGCGCUGAGUGUGACGACCCUUACUGUGACAUGGGAAAAACAGGACUCUAUUAUAGCCUCCUCUAUUACUUCAUUCUCAAUUCGCCCUUCGUGAGAUGUGCAAAUGCUGCGUUCACCGAAGUCCCUAAAGAUGUGAGUGUGGGGGAAGGAGAGGACGUGGAGAUGCCCUGCGCCUUCAAGGCUGUGAGCUCAGCACCCAUGUCUUUGGAAAUACAGUGGUGGUACCUGAAGGAGGACGACCCGAAGGACCUGCCGCACGAGCUGCAGAUUGGUGCUCCAACCAACAGAGCCAAGGAUGGUUUCAGAGAAGCCACAAAAAUAAGUACCGUCCGAGUGCAGGGCAACGCCAUCUCCCACCGCCUCAGCCUGUCCAAGGUGAAAAAGGAGGACGAGGGGGUGUACGAGUGCCGCGUGACUGACCUGUGGGCCGAAGAGACUCAGGAUUUUACCGUACACGCCACGCUGCGCGUCACGGCGGGCGGUGGCAUGGUGGCUGAGGAGGCCGUGUCACACAUCCAGAACCGCUGGCCUCUGAGGAAUACCAAUUCCGCUCUGGGAGGGGGUUUAGCGGGGAGUGCCACCUUAAAGCCCAGCCAGGGGCUCACAGGAAGAGCCAGAUCGGGGCAGGGGAAGCUCAGGGUGUCUCAGCAGGCCCAACCCGAUCUCCUCCCUUCCAUGUCAUCCACCACCUCAGUGGCCAAGUCAUCAGCCUCACCGCUGCCAGUUACCGCAGCCAUCCUCCGGCAGCACGGCGCCGACUGCAGCAUGAUGAGCACGAUGGACCCUCUUCUCUUCAUCACUCUUCUGUUCCUGCAUAAAUUCCUCCCUUUACUGUUGGCCCACUGAAGAGACUUCAAUAAAUUUAUGUCAGCUACCAACUUAUCACUUCCUAUACCAAACAGACCCAAAGCAGCGGGAAGAGACGAUCACAAUUAAAUCUAUUUAUGCCGUUGCAACACACCACAGCAGGGAGUGAAAGCCAUGCCACGCAGUCUGCAGACGGACGGAUGGGAGCGGAUACAUUUGAGGAUACUUCACUGAUAUGAGCAGCAUGACUGUUGACUGUUCAGAAUGUGGACAAAAGAAAAGAGACUACAAAGAAUAAAAGAGAAUAUAGCAUCAUUACUGACGGGGAGCGCUGCCUAUGCUCUGCUUCACACAUUCUCUCAUUUCUUUACAUCACAUCCUGUGUGAGUCCAUCAGCGCACACUCGUCACUGCACUGUGAGUUUGCUGUCCAUCUAAAAGUAGACGUUUACAUUUGUCGUCUUGAAUCUAUGUGACCUCUGUGUUUUUCUUAUUUCUUUUUUUUUUUUCUUUUGGAAACAGAGGUUUUUAUCAGCAUGACAUGUCAGUCACUGACAUAUAUUUCUGCAGCCAUGUCAGACCUCCUCAGUAUACAGAACUAAUGUUCAAAACAUGUGCUAGUCUAAUGUCAACUCAUUCCUAUACACACACACACACACACACACACACA